GAAAAAUGUACAAGCAGGAUCAGUUUAUUUCAUAGGAUUAACAAAAAAAAAUGGCAAAGGGACACCAAGGCAAAUGCUUUGGACUCCUCCUGUUACUAUGCCUCUUUAGUUCAACUUUGGCACGCAGGGUUCUCAAGGAUCUCUCAAUGAAGCUAGAUAUGAACCAUGUUGUGAAGCCUAGUUUGAGCGUGCAAGAUCAUGAGAUGUUCAAUGUAGAAUCUGAGCACAUAGUGAAGCCUGACCAUAAGCUGCAGUCCAUGCCGGGUGAACCGGAAGAGCCUGAGGACAGGAUCAUGCCUGAUCGCAAAAUGCAAUCCAUGCCGGGUGAACCAGAGGAGCCUGAGGACAAGAUCAUGCCUGAUCAUAAACUGCAAUCCAUGCCCGGGGAACCAGAAGAGCCUGAGGACAAGGUCAUUCCUGAUCAUAAGCUGCAGUCCAUACCGGGUGAACCAGAAGAGCCUGAGGACAAGGUCAUGCCUGAUCAUAAGCUGCAGUCCAUGCCGGGUGAACCAGAAGAGCCUGAGGACAAGGUCAUGCCUGAUCAUGAACUGCAAACCAUGUGGGGUGAGCUAGAAGAACCUGAUCCUAAAACUAUGCUCGAUCACAAAGAAAAGCCUGAUCAUAAAGUGCAGUCCCUGGCGAGUGAACCAGAAGAUCCUGACCAAACAGUUAAGCCUAUGGGGUAUGGUGAAGGUAGGGGCUUUGGACAUGGCGGUGGCUAUGGGGAAGGCGGUGGCUAUGGAGAAAGCGGUGGCUAUGGAGAAGAAGGUGGCUAUGGAAGUGGCUAUGGAGAAGGUAGUGGCUCAGGCGAAGGGAUUGGUAUCGGCGUAGGAGGUGACUCUAGUGGUAGUGUACCAAGUGUAGUUGUCCCAAGCAUAUCAAUCCCUCCCAUAACGGUUCCAGGCGCACAGAUUCCCGGUUUUAUGAUUCCAGGGGUCAGGGUUAAUCCUGGUUAUGGUUCUGGGGGAAGCCAAACCGGUGGUUGCACCCCAAGCGUACCAUACUACCGCCCACCUAUAUACCAACAACCACCAAGCUGUUCCCAUUGUGCACCUUUCGUUUCAGGACAAGACAAGCACAUGUCAGACAAAGGAACUAUGACCGAAGAAGCUCUUGCACCCACUUCAAACGAGAUGCUCGUCUAAGCUUUCAGUGUCCAUAGAAACACAAAAGUAUAAUAAAAUCACUCAUAAGGAUAUAUAUAUCGUAUUUUGGUUUGAUAAAAGCGUCACAUUAAGUUGAAUAAUCCAACGUUACCAACACAAAGUUUUAAAUAAA